GCUACGUGGUCGGCCGCUCCCUAUUGGUCGACAGAGAGUAUCCCGAGGAAAACCCUCCUACCUAGCGAUCAGUCUGUGAUAGCAGCUCCCGUUCAGGCGAUAUUUGAAUCAGCUGGGCAGUGAAACCUUGUGGAAACAAGUCAUAUUUGUAAAAAGAGCUCCAGGACCAGGGUCGAGAUGGAUGUGUUCAUGAAAGGGUUGUCCAAAGCUAAAGACGGCAUGGCGAUCGCCGCGGAGAAGACGAAGGAGGGAGCUGCGCUGGCGGCGGAAAAGACCAAGGAAGGCGCCAUGUUUAUCGGCACCAAGGCCAAAGAUGGUGUUGGUUCAGCGAAGGACCUUGCUGGUGGAGCCAUGGGGAAUAUCGCUGCAGCCACCGGCCUGGGGAAGAAGGACGAGUUCCCAUCUGACAUGAACCCCGAGGAGUAUGGGCAGGAGGCCAUGCAAGGAGAGACACAAAGAGAACAUCUGGAAGGAGAGACAUAUGACGAGAACCAGCAGGAGCAGGACUACGAACAAGAAGCAUAAAACCAUCAGUCCAAUUCUCCAUCCAACCAGCAGCACUGUACCGACAUGUAUUCAAAUAAAAAAGGACAAAUGCUGAAACUACGACAACAAUACAAAUCUAAAAGUACAAAAUCCACAAACAAGAAUUGCACCUGAGACAAAACAUUCCUCCUCCGUCUUCAAGAGGAAUCUUUUAUGAUAAUCGAUGCUAUAUUGUAAAUGUCGUGUUACUGCUGUAAUGUGUUGGGUCGUGUUACUGCUGUAAUGUGUUGGGUCGUGUCGUUGUUUCUGGAGAUGUAGAAGAGCCCGCUGUCUCGAGUCUCGUUUCCUUGAUUCCCUCCCAAUGGAACGAGACCCCCGGACCAGGCCUAUGGCUUGUGACCAUAGAAAUACAAUCCAUAGAACAGGCCUCCCCAUUCAAGACUGGACUCUAUUUCUAUGCGUGUGACUCUUUGUGUGUUUCUGUAUUUAUAAAUGUGAGAUAAUAACAGGUGUGUUUUUUCUCAUCUUCCAACAACGACGUUGGGAGCGAAAGAAAAUAAUUAAUCCGAUUGCAGAUGCAGAUAUGACUACUACCAAUAAUAUUAUAUGAGUGUGUACAAUGUCUGUUCGUGGAUUCUCUCUUUUGAAUUUACUUUUGGAGCAAGUUUUUAUUUAUUUAAUGUAUUUUUAAGUAAGAGUUUUAUACAUUGUAUCUUUAUAGUUGCUUGUGAAAUCAUACUGGUGGAACUAUCGGUUAGAAAUGGAUAAACUACGCGUGUGUGUGUGUGUGUGUGUGUGUGUGUGUGUGUGUGUGUGUGUGUGUGUGUGUGUGUGUGUGUGUGUGUGUGUGUGUGUGUGUGUGUGUGUGUGUGUGUGUGUGUGUGUGUGUGUGUGUGUGUGUGUGUGUGUGUGUGUGUGUGUGUGUGUGUGUGUGUGUGUGUGUACUGAAGAUUUUAACAAGUUAAAGUCAAUAUAUUACAUCUUGAAAUCACAAUGGUUGUCAGAUCAAUAUGUGCUUUAAAGUGCAGGUACUUGUCAAUAUAAAGGUUUAUGUGUUAACGCAGACAA